AUGCUGGGUUCUCGCCUAGCGUUCGCGUCUGCAGCUGUGAAAUGGUCCCAUCUGCCCGUUAGCACCCCGCCGCCUUCAACCAGGCGACUUCUGACCAUGCGCGCAGGCCCGGACGUGCUAUGUCUAGAUUGCACGGGCACCAUCAUGCGGAUAAAGGGCUCGAUGCCAAGGCUCUACCUGGGCGUCCUGGAAGACCGCCUGGGCGUCUCGGAGGGCGGGCUUCCCGACAAGGUUUCCGAACAGGACCUCUUAGAUUCCUUCCGGGCGUCGCUCAAGCGGAGGUCGAAGGAGCUGCCGUGCUUCGGCACGGGGGUCAUGUCCUCCGAGGACUGGUGGGCGGAGGUCGUGAUGGCGACAUUUCGAGGGGCUGGGGUCUCGGACGAGACCCUCGGGAUCAGCCAGGAAGGGGGCCGAGGUGGCGGCGGCGGCGGCGGCGGCGCUAGAGGCGGUCGUGUAUUUGAUGACGUCUUCGAUCGGCUGUUUCACGAUGUGUUCACCAGCACGACCGCGUGGGAGCUUGUGCCGGGAGCGGAAGAGGUGCUGGAGGAUCUUCGCGCUUGGGUUGGGGAAGAUGGAGGACCGCGGGCACUUGGCGCGGUGUCAAACUUUGACGAGCGCCUCCACCCGCUCCUUAAAAAUCUCGGCGUGUAUGACUCCUUCGACUUCGUGCUCACAUCGAGGGAGUGUGGCUCGGAGAAACCCGAACCGCACAUGUUCCUUGAAGCUCUCAAGCGGGCGGGAUCGAGCGGCGGCGGGGACGGUGACGGGAGAGGGGUGAUCGUUGGCGAUACCUUCAGGACCGAUGUGCUGGGCGCGAGAUCGGUUGGCUGGGACGCUGUGCUCAUCACGAGGGGGAAAGACCCAGCUACCGAGGAAGAGCAAGAUACUAAGCAUUACGCCCGCGUCAAUGACCUGAGAGGCGUACCCGCCGCACUGGGCAGGGGACGAUGA